AUGGGCCUCGAGGUGCUCCAGGUCGACGUGGACACUGCAAAGGUGAAUCCCACCUAUACGGUGCAUCUGGAGGGCGAGUGCACACUCAACACGACGCCGGAGACGAGGAAGGACAUUCAGGAGCAUCCGCGAGCCGCCCAGCUGCUCAAGGCUAACAAGGACCUGGUCAAGGGCUUCGCCGGCGCCACACUGAAGCUGCGAUUCGAUUUCGUGCACAAGGACACCAAGCAAAUGGAGCACCACUUCGCCACCGGCGUCGCUGUGGCUCCCAACCUCGUGCUGACUGUGAGACACCACCUCUUCCACCCGGUCAUAGAGAAGCGAAACGAUUACGUCGUCCGAGAGCACGUGCUGGCCCGGGUCGACUCUGACAACUCGCGCAUGGCCGGGCUCCGCGUGUGCCGCACGCACCCCGAACUCUACAAGGAUCCGCCACUGUGGUUCGGCACCGAGCUCAACUGGACCGACAUCAACAAGAUGCCGUCCGACAUCGACCCCAUGUCGACCUUCCGCGAGCGGUCGGCCGAGCACUGGGUGUGGCGCGACUUUGUCUUCCUGCGGAUCACCACGCCCACCGAUCUCCUCCUUCCUCCGCCCUAUUUCCUGCCCGAUCCAUUCAUGCAGACCGACGUCUUCACGCAAGAGCCGGUGAUGGUGGGCGGCUUCGCGGUCGGGGAGGCAGACCCGGACCGUCUCCUUGGGAAAUACGAUAGCUAUGUGAGGGUGUACCAGCAAGCCUCGAAGCUGAAGCGGCUUCCCUUCUUCAACUCGAGAGCUGCCGACACCUGGCCUGAAUUCGUACAUUCCAUGUUCCACCACUAUCCCAAGCGCAACAUUGUCGUAUCGCUGGGCACGGUGCACGAGAGCUCAUCCCAGCGCCUCGGAUUGUACAACGGCAGCGCGGAAGUGGGGAUGGCCGGCGGCCCUGUUUCGCCGAUCGUCGAAGCAGCCCGGAAACACGAUGUCACCCUCCCACUCUGGGGCAUACACGCGGGCCGAUUCACCGACGGACUGCACAACGUGUUCUUGUCGGUCGAGCAUCCGCUAUUCAUCGUGCAGUACGCCUACACCAUGCUCACGCACUUCCUCUCCGAGCCGCAAUACGACGUGCCGGAGUACGUGGAGUUCAAGAAGCGGCUGUGGAACUAUCUCAACUACUUCGACUGGCUCGAUGUUUACUGUGACAAUCUGAGACGCAACGUGCACUCGGCGCUGGCCAAGUCGCAGUACGAGGAACUGUCCUCGCUUCCCCCGCCAAAGGACCAAACCGCUGUCGCGUUUAGAGGGAAAGAGGAGCUCGAGGAGGUUCAGGAGGAGGCCGCCACCUCCCUCGUCACACCCAAGCGCAAGCGGGAGGGAGGAUCGAGGCGCACCAAAGCCACAAAGACGAAGAAGGCCAAGAAGCCAAACGAGGCCGAGGAGGAAGAGAGCCCCGAGUUGGACACCACAAACCUCCCCGUGUUGGACGAUAUGACCACCGAUCAGCUGCGUCUUGAGCUCCGACGGCGAGGCCAGCGAACGUCGGGCGCGAAGAACGAACUGGUGGCGCGGUUGCGGAAGGCGCGGGAAGAAGGCGACGCCGCCACGUCAACCAAGCGAGGCCAACCUCCGAAGUGGGGAAACCUCAAGGCCAUGAGCGAGGACGAAGGCGAGGUUGAACACCACGACAACGAGAAGAAGAGCGAAGAAGAGAGCGAAGAAGAAGAAGAGUAG